AUGGAAAAGGUUAAACUAAAGCAAGGACUGAAAACAGCAAUGAGCAUUUCUCGUGAAGGGAAUGCAUACCUGCAAGAAAGCCAGUUCUGGAAGCUUUACAAGGAGGACAAGCCCCGUUGCGCUGUUGUUAUCAGAACUUCAGUCGGACUAUGCAUCUUCUUGUAUUUAAGGCAAGCUUAA